AUGAGCAAUUGCAAUCCUAUUACCAUACCAUCAGAAGUUGGGUUGAAGCUUAAUAAGAAUCCUGAAGGCAAGAAGAGUAAUGGCACUCUCUACAAACAAAUUGUAGGAAGUUUGAUGUAUUUGACUGCUACAAGGCCAGAUAUCAUGCAUGCUAUGAGUCUUAUUAGCAGAUAUAUGGAAAAUCCAGAAGAAUUGCAUCUUCUAGCUGCCAAAAGGAUCUUUCGAUACUUAAAGGGUGUUGAUUUUGGGUUGUUGUGCAAGAAGGGAGAACAAUCAGAUUUAAUUGGGUUCUCUAAUAGUGAUUAUGCUGGAGAUGUGGAUGAUCGAAAGAGUAUUUCAGGAUAUGUUUUCAUGCUAAGUUCAGGGGCUGUUUCAUGGUCAUCAAAGAAGCAACCAAUUGUUACUCUAUCAACAACUGAAGCUGAAUUUGUUGCAGCAACAGCUUGUGCUUUUCAAGCUAUAUGGUUGCAGAAAAUUCUUAAUGAGCUGCAUUUUAGGAAAGAAGGACCUACUGCAAUUUAUUGUGACAACAGUUCAUCAAUAAAACUCUCCCAAAACCCUGUUCUACAUGGUUGA